GACUACAUUCAGUUUAAUGAAAAUAUAGUAAGCAUGAAGCUGUACGUGAGGAUACUUUAUGGUGUCCUGUUGGCUGCGUAUUUUCACAAUGCAAUCACCACCACCGAGCCCAAUGUGCUACAGCUGAGGGGUUUGUUAAAAAGAGUCAUGAAAAACAAGCAGGUCAAUGCCCAAACAAAGGCUCAGCUGAGAAAUGCAGUGCAGAUCAUUUCACAAGCCGAAAAGAGCCCCCAAAUGGUGACACUGAACGAGGUCCUUGUGGAGCUCAUGAAGCUCUGUUAUCGUACGGUCAGACCAAGUCUCCCAACACUGCCGCCGGGAGCUUAUUGCCCACGACCAGCAGGAGCCUUCUGUCAGGGAGGUGUCUACUGUCUUCCAAAAAAAAGAUGCCCGAAGCAUGGAUCCGGAGUACCCGGAAAUGGUCAUCAGGAAAGACUAUACUUAACUCUGCCUCCGGGAGCUUUGUGCCCACCACUAAUAGGAGCCUACUGCGCUGGAGGUUUAUAUUGUCCUCCAGGAAACACUUGUCCGCAGCAUGGACCGGGAGGACAGGGAGUUGAUGGACCACGUCCCGUAACACUGCUGCCGGGAGCCUACUGCCCAAAACCAGCAGGAGCUUUCUGUGAAAGCGGGGUCUACUGUCUUCCAGGAAAUAGAUGCCCGCUGCAUGGAUCUGGAGUACCUGGAGUUAGUCGUCCGACGGAUGCACCGGGAGGACAGGGAGUUGAUGGACCACGUCCCGUAACACUACCGCCGGGAGCUUAUUGCCCGAAACCGGCAGGAGCCUUCUGCCAGAGCGGAGCCUACUGUCUUCCAGGAAACUUAUGCCCUUAUCCCGAAGUAAAACAUCAUCCCGCACUCACAAAUCCUCCAGCGGGACCUUCUCCAUCCAAAGAGCCAACUAAAUCCGUGGGACAAAGUCUAUUCGUAGGACCUACUUCUUCUUCAGAAACCAUUCCUUCUGUAGGACUUACUCCCUUCAUAGAACCAACUCCUUCUGUAGGAGCUACUCCUCCCUCCACCUCCAAAGAACCAACUCCUUCCACAGGACCUAUUCCCUCCAUAGAAACAAAUCCUUACAUGGGACCAACUCCUUCCGUAGGGCCAAGCCAUCCCGGAUCAUCGAGUGAUUCAGACAAAAACUACAACAAAAAUGUGAAUAACAUUCUGAUUGAACUUUUAAAAUUACAUACAGGUAACAGCACGAAACUCCAGAAAAGCCUCCGAAGUCGAAAGAAGAAGGUUAUCCGAGUGAUCGCAAGCAAACUAGUGCCAAUAUACCAAAGCGAAUGCGUUAUAGGACAGAUUGCGAGAGCAAUUUUAACAGAUACAUAAAUGUCACUUUAAAUGAA